GCGGGCGGAGCGCGCAGCCGGGGAAGGGGCCUGCCGCGGCCGCUGGAGUACAUGCCAGUGCCCUCUCCUCCUCUUCCUACCAGAAUGCUUUACUUCCAGAUGGUGAUCAUGGCAGGGACUGUGAUGCUGGCUUAUUACUUCGAGUACACCGACACCUUCACGGUCAACCUGCAGGGCUUCUUCUGCUACGAGAGCGCCUACCGCAAGCCUUACCCGGGCCCGGAGGAGAGCAGCGCGGUGCCCCCCGUGCUCCUCUACUCGCUGGCGGCGGGGGUGCCAGUCUUGGUGAUUAUUGUUGGAGAAACUGCAGUGUUUUGCUUACAGAUGGCCACACGGGAUUUUGAAAACCAAGAAAAAACAAUAUUAACUGGAGACUGUUGCUAUAUAAACCCACUUGUGCGCAGGACUGUCAGGUUCCUUGGCAUUUAUGCAUUUGGACUUUUUGCCACAGACAUAUUUGUAAAUGCUGGACAAGUAGUAACUGGGAAUCUUGCGCCUCAUUUCCUUGCACUUUGCAAACCCAACUACACAGCUCUGGGAUGUCAGCAGUUUACACAGUUCAUCAGUGGUGCAGAGGCUUGCUCUGGAAAUCCUGAUCUUAUCAUGAGAGCCCGAAAAACUUUUCCAUCCAAAGAAGCAGCUCUGAGUAUAUAUGCAGCAACAUACGUGGCUAUGUACAUCACCCACACAAUAAAGGCCAGAGGAACCAGGCUGGCAAAACCAGUUCUUUGCUUGAGCUUAAUGUGUAUGGCAUUUCUUACUGGUAUCAACAGAGUAGCAGAAUAUCGAAAUCAUUGGUCAGAUGUGAUAGCAGGAUUUCUAGUCGGUAUUUCAAUAGCUGUGUUUUUGGUGGUAUGCGUGGUUAAUAAUUUUAGAGGUAGACAACCAGAAAAUGAACAUUCGCACAUGGACAAUCUGGCACAAAUGCCUAUGAUCAGCAUCCCUCGGGUAGAAACCUCCUUAGUAAAGAACCACAUCACAGCCUUUGCAGAAGUCACAUGAUGGAGAAAUGGAUGUCUAUUCACUACAUUGGACGUCGUCUCUUUUCACAGUUCACUCGUAAUGACUGAAACAAUUUCAGUAUUAAAAAAAAAAAACUUAUUUGGUUUUAGAAUCUGAUCUAGCAGCAUUAAAAUUUACAGCAACCUAUGAGGAAUAUGCCUGAGUUAAGAAUAUUUUCCAACUCCAAUCAAAAGCAUUGUACCAUUUAGGGACUGUGGGUGGGGGAAGAGUGAACCUAAGCAUGGCACAUAAACAUACCAUUUCCCCUGUUUUGGCAUAUUUAUUUCCUAACAUGGUCAUGUAAGUAUUAGACUGUAUUCCAGGGAAAUCGGGUUUUUAAAAUUCAGCAUGACACUUACUCCCAUUUAAGCAGAUUUCAAUGUACACUUUUCUAAAACAAUCAUAUCCAGAACUCAAAUGCCACUGGCACUUCAUAUUAUAUA